CCCUGGGCAAGCAGAUCUUGGUGGUGGGCGGUGUGGAUGCGGCGCAGAGCCCCCUCGCCUCCGUUGAGGUCUACCACGUGGAUGAGGGCAAAUGGGAGAAGAAAGCGGCAUUGGCUCAGCCCUCCAUGGGCAUCUCAGCUGUGCAGAGAGAUGGGGCUGUCUACGCCCUGGGGGGAAUGGGUGCGGACACCUCUCCCCAGGCUCUGGUCCGUGUCUAUGAGCCGGCAAAGGAUCACUGGCAGCCCCUACCCUCCAUGCCCACACCGUGUUAUGGCGCCUCUGCCUUCCUGCAGGGAAACAAGAUCUUCGUCCUGGGAGGCCGGCAAGGCAAGCUGCCUGUCACUGCCUUCGAGGCUUUUGACGUGGAGACAAGGAGCUGGACACGCUACCCCAGCGUGCCCAGCCGCCGCGCCUUCGCCGCCUGUGCCAUGGCUGAUGGAGUUGUCUUCAGCCUGGGGGGGCUGCAGCAGCCAGGGCCCCACAACUUCUACUCCCGUCCCCAUUUUGUCAACACCGUGGAGAUGUUUGAUCCUGCGCAGGGUGUGUGGAGAAAGCCAAACCGCACCAUCCGUAUGAAAGAGAAGAGAGCUGACUUCGUGGCUGGAUGCCUGGGAGGAAGAGUGGUGGCUGUGGGUGGCCUUGGUAAUGCUGGGGGGAACCAGUCCUGCCCACUGGACUCAGUGGAAGGGUUCAGCCUCUCACAGAAAAAGUGGGAGCCGCUGCCCCCCAUGCCCACUGGCCGCUGCUCCUGCUCCAGCUGCCCAGCACCCAGCCUGCUCUUCAUCAUCGGCGGUGUGGCCCAGGGUCCCAGUGGCGCUGUUGAGGCUCUGUGCCUGCGUGAUGUGCCCUGAGUGGGACCCCGGGGACCAGCCCUGGCCAAGCACCAAGUGCCUGAAGACGGGGACAGGGUGUGUGAGCACCCAUGUGUUCACCCAGGGUGACCUGGCUCCAGGAAGCCUCUGUCCCAUGAUGCCAGGCACCAGAGCAGCUGCGGCUGUGGGAACUCCCAGCUCCUGCAGCGCUGUGGCAAUGAAGCCCAGGGCAAACUCCUGCCUGGUGGGAUGGCCAUCGCCAGCAGCGUGGGGGGAGCAGCGGUGGCAGGACUGCCGCUGGCCUCACUGCCCUGUCCGGCCCCAUCUGUGCCACGGCGUAUCUGUGCCGUGUGUGUAGCAGUGAGUGCUGUGUCGUCGUAGACCCAGUCGAUGUCUCAUGUAGCACAGAGGUGCCCUGUAGCUCAGUGCCUGGGAGGUGAUGUAGCACCUCAAAUAAAUGAAACAUGUGGAGUUUUA